AUGGCCGCGGCAGGGUCCUCGCUAUCACCCACCAACACCACCCAUCACCCACCACCCCCACACCACCACUACCAUGCUAACCCUACCCCCAACACCACCUAUCAUCACCCCAAAAAUCACCCACCACCACUAUCAACCACCACCCCAAAAUUAACCCCCACUCACCCCCUUCACCCCACCACCACCCUAACUAACCCCCUUUUCCUCUCCUCCGCAGGGCAAUAUCGCUCCCCGGAGAUCACGGAACACCCCGCCGACCUGCUGGUGCCGAAGAACGAACCCGCGACGCUAAACUGUCACGCCGUGGGCAGACCCGACCCGGAGAUCACAUGGUACAAGGACGGACAGCGAUUUGACAUCCACAAGGGGCGCCACGUUCAGCUGGACACCGGGGGACUCUUCUUCCUGAAAGUCCUGCACACGAAGAAGGACAACGACGCGGGAGUGUACUGGUGCGUCGCCUCGAACCAUGUCGGGAAGGUCACCAGCCGCAACGCCACGCUGGAGAUUGCGGUUCUGCGGGAUGACUUCAGGGUGCAGCCGCAGGCGACGCGCGUGGCCGAGGGAGAGACAGCCUUGCUCGAGUGUCAGCCUCCGAGGGGGAACCCGGAGCCUGUUGUGUCUUGGGAGAAGGAUGGCGUGCCCCUCGACCCCGCCACACAGCACAGGUACCGCGUGGUGGACGGCGGCAGUCUGGUGAUCAGCGGGGUGCGCGUGUCGGACUCCGGCGAGUACGUCUGCCGCGCCAGGAACGUCUUUGGCCAGAGGGAGUCGGCGCCCGCGACCCUCACCGUCCUGGUGUCCCCCCACCUGGUGUCUUCCUCCGGCACGGUAACGGGCGCCGCCGGGGCCACGGUGGAGCUGGUGUGUCGUGUCGGGGGAGAUCCGCCCCCCGAGGUGUUCUGGCGACGCGUGGAUCCCCCCGGGGACCUGCCGCUGGGAAGGAUGGCGCUGGAGGAGAGCAGUCAGGUGCUGAGGAUCCAUCACGUCGCCCCCGAGGACCAGGGCGUGUACUCCUGCCAGGCCGAGAACCCAGUGGGCUCCGUGGCCGCCAACAUCACCCUUAACGUGCACUCCCGUCCCUUUAUCACCGUCAUGCCGCGGGACGCGCGGGUCGGCAUCAACGGAACGGCGUCCUUUGAGUGCGUCACGUCAGGGUCGCCGCCGCCCACCACCUACUGGACGCAUGAGGGCUCCGGCAACGUUGUGGGCUCCGGGCAGACAUGGGGCGGCGGCCGCUGGUCCGUGGACGCCAACAACACGCUGACCAUCCGCGGGGUGAAGCGGGAUGACCAAGGCUACUACGUGUGCUCGGCCGUGGGCGUGGCGGGCUCAGCGCUGGUCCGCGCUCACCUGGAGGUGCAGGACCUGUCUGACCUGCCGCCGCCCAUCAUUGCUCUCGGCGCCUCCAACCAGACGCUCCCGGUGGCCACAGAGGGCGAGAUGCCAUGCGAGGCGCGGGGCACACCGGAGCCCACCGUGGUGUGGGAGCGAGCUGGGAAGCACAUCCAGCCCGACGAGCGUACAACCAUCACGCCGCUGGGCACCCUCAGGAUCGAGAACCUCAAGAUGUCAGACACGGACGUGUACACCUGCCUGGCCAAGUCCGAGGCAGGUGAGACCACAUGGACGGCCUCGCUGGUCGUUGCCAAGCCCACCAACCCCAACGUGGCUUUCUUCAAGAUUCCAGAUGAGGGCACUCUGCCAGAGGCCCCCGGACAGGUAACAGUGCUGGGUGUCAACACGACAGCUGUGUCACUUGGGUGGCGGCGGGGGCGUCCAGGGCUGUCGUCCCUCUUGGGUUAUACCGUCCAGAUGUGGAGCCCAGAUAUUCGCGGUGCCUGGACCAUCGCUUCCACCCAGCAGACCGCCACUACCAGCCACACGCCCACGCCAGUCUCCCUCACUGUCACAGACCUGCGACCAGAAACUCGCUACAUAUUUGUAGUCCGUGCAAGAAAUUCUCAUGGCGUGUCGCGUCCCUCGCCUGUCACACACACAGUCCAGACACUAGCCCAGGGAGCGGGUGGGGCACCACCCCUGCACGACAUCCGGGCACGCCUGUCUCAGCCCGUCGUUCGCCUGGUCAGCGUCGAGCCAGCCUCUGCAGCCUCUCUCAGACUCACGUGGCAACUCCUGGUAGAUGCAGACCUCCUGGAGGGCGUGUAUGUGCGGUACCGGCCGCUAGAGACACAGCACGGCCCUGCAGGUGGUUUGAGCGUGGAGACAGUCCCCCUGCACGGCGACGGGCCACCACCCACCUCACAUGUGGUGGGAAACCUGCGCCCCGCAACCUGGUAUGAACUGUUUGUGGUGCCCUUCUACCGCACAGUGGAGGGUCAACCCACCGCUGCUGUCCGAGACACCACCCUGGAGGCAGCCCCGGCAGUGCCUCCCCAUGGCCUCCACUAUUCGUACAUCAACGCCUCCACCGUCCGCAUCACAUGGGACCCCAUCCCCUCACACUCCUCCAAUGGCCGCAUCACCGGCUACAACCUGCAGGUUGUCAACUCUCAGAACCACAGUCAAAUACUGGUGAACACGACGGUGAACGGCACAUGGACACUAGUGUCUGGCCUGGCAGCGGGCACCACCUACCUAGUGACCCUGCGUGGCGUGACUGCCCGCGGCACCGGACCAACAUCACCACCCCUCAACCUCACUCUGCCCCCGGGGACUGUCUCCUCCCAUCCGCCGGACAUCAAGGAGUCUUCACCCUUCGACAACAACACUUACCUCAUCGUUGGCAUCUCCGUGGCCGCCGCUGUGCUCUUGCCGCCUCGCCGCCACUGUCUUCUGCAUUUACAGCGCCGCCAGAGCACCAAGUGUACGCAGUACUACAGUAAAGGAGGCGAGACAAGUGGGCCAUGGUCUGAGUACCCUGGUUGUUGGGGGGAGAGUGGAGUGGGCGUGGGUGUGACGGGCACGAUGUACACAGACGUGGGCAGCCACGGCGUGCCCAUCACCCAGCUGUACCACCGCCCGCCAGCCCCGGCUUCCAGCAAGAGUGGCUAUGAGGGGCGGCAGCCGGAGGACGUGUACGAGGACCCAGAUGGACUUAGACUAGUGUCCUUCGGCACCCACAUCGACCCAAGGUGUAUGUCCCCCGAGCCUUACGCCACCACGCCACUCAUCCGUGACAUCUUCCGGGGCCCUGGAAGCACUCGCCUGCCACCCAACAUCCCUGUGAGUCCCGGUCAGUCCCCGCUGCCUGGCAAGCCACCCUCCGAGGACUCCUGUGCCAAGACUAUGUCCAGCGAUCACAGCGGUGGCCAGGGCAGCACACGCUCGCACAACUUCAACACUCAGCCGGAGAAAGGCUCCCUCACUGGCCCGGUGCUUCAGUUCCCUCCACCUCCCCCGCCACCCAUCCAGGGUGGAGAGCAGUCCAGCGACAACACCCUCGCCUCCACUGGAAGUCGUGGACACUCCCCAUCAACGAGGCUUCUGCUGCAGCAGCUGCCCUACGGAGGAUCCUCCUCUGGAGGGUCUCACAGGUCUCAUGGCAGCCCCCUCCUUGGCCCCCGGCCUCCCAGGUCCAACCUUCGUGCCCCGCCCUCGCCACUCGCCGGCCAGGGCAUCGGGGACUACGAGGUGCGGAUGAUGAACUUGCGUGGCCACGGGGGCGCCGAGGGCGAGGACCCACGCUACCGCGCCGAGCGCUGCCUUGAGGACAGGCCGAUGGGCAACAACAUCCCCGAGGAGACCAGCGAUGUGGAAUGGUACUCACAACCGCUGUUGAACGGCCGCACCUCGCCACAGUCCUCCACCCUAGGCGACGCCGAGUCCGAGGACGAGUCUCGCUGCUCCUCAGGGGAGUCCUGCUGCUCGGCUGACCACCCUCUAUCUCACGCCCAGGAUCUCAACUGGGCUGACGCGCUACGGGCAGCCGGUGAGGGCAGGUGGGGGCGCGGUGGGUCCUUCUGCAGCACCGACGAGAGCACGUACGCUGGCAGCCAGACUCUGCACACUCGCCCGCCCCGCCCACCCUGCCCUAAGAAGCACAAACCCCGCCCACAGUACAAUCACCACGCCCACUUGGACUCCCACGCGUCCGUGACCUCGCCGCUAGUGUAGGCCACGCAGCGUGCCCCAGACAGAGUUGUGAAUAGUUGUUGUUGCCCCGAGAUGUGUCCCUGACUUGUACAUAAGAUGUAUUUUAUUACAGUGAACGCUAGUCCAUGACUCAUCAUCACCGCGCUUAGUGCUUGAAAUACGAUUUUUGUUGUCGCUGCGGCAACACACAGACAACUUAGUGGCCUUCUGUUCCUGUGCUCGUCCCGACGGUGACGCCCCAAGAAGAUUUCCCUGCGGAGCAGACUGGCAGCCGCCGCACAAGUCUUCAGCUCAGAGCUUUAUUGUCUCCUGCAGAACAUUGUGUCUCGGUGCGCGUGAGAGAGAAAGAGAAAGAACAAGCCAGUGUACAUACCACGACCACGACCUGUGUAUAAACAGUUCAUGCCCCACCGCCGUUCCCGAGGCUCACCACUGUUCUCUAUGUCUCAAAAAAAUCACAAAAAAAUGACAGUGGCAUCAUCAUUGUAACCAUGUGUCCCUGCCUCACGCCCUCAGUUGCGUGCGUCAUGCCGGCCGCUCUGAGGAGGAGUGGGCGCAGUAUAGUCAGUGUUCCACUCCAGCGUCAUGGUGCUUCGUGUUGCUUUCCUCGUGCGAGUCGCUGCCGCCGCCCCUCGCCGCCGCCGCGAGGGGCGAUGACCCAGCGGCGCCACCGAACACUUGCCUGACUCCUCUUUGUGUUUCAUGUGUCACCGAUUUCAUAAUAAGGUGCUCUCAGUGUUCACCAUUUCGCCUUGUUGAAGGAAAGAGGAUGACCCAGGGCGGGGCGGGAGAGAGGGAGGCGCGGUGCCCAACAGCCUGGUGCUUGUGGCUGCCCGGUGGGUGACCCACGGCGAAAAGCGGAUCGCCGUUGUCAUACGUCCAAGGCGGAGGUGCAGUGAAGCCUAACCUCACGAUCCUGUUAACAGACGGAAAGAAUGUUUUUUUGGAGAGGCAGAACCACACGGGCGGUGGUCGCCUGAGAGGAGAGGUGAGAGGCGACUCUGGGUUGUGAAUCAUGAGACGAGUUGUCUUCGGAAAGCGGAAAGUCGGUGCUUAUAUACAAAAACAAAACGAAAUGUCUUUGUAAAGCCGAAACCCGGUGCUGCAUAUAGUAAUAACUUGUAUUUUGCUCAUUUAAGAACGAGACGAAUUGUCUUUGGGAAGCUGAAAGUCGGUGCUUCUUAUAGUAAUAACAUACUUUGCUCAUAUAAGAACAAGAGAGGAUGACGUAAACAAUAGAGCGGGUGGCGGGAUGCCCGGCGUGUGUGGCGGGGCGCUGCCACCCACCACGCCGUGCACCCCUCGCCUGCUCUUACUUUCUUUAACGACUCCUGCCCCGCCCUGCCCCGCCCCGCCCUUAUGCCCCUACAGCCGUGCACUCCCUAGCUCACCGCGGAUCCCUGUGCCAGCACGCCGGCGCGCACUCCGGUGUGGGCCAGCCUGCCAGCGUCCUGCCCGAGGCCCCGCCGCGCCGGCCGUCACACGCGUUCACUUUAAUCAUCUGAUAUUCAGACCUUCAUCUGUGAUACGAGAUUAGUCAGUGUCUCAUGGCGUCUGGGGGGCACACCACGACCCCGCGCCCGCCACCGCGGUGCCCCGGGGUCCGGCUCUCCCCGCCGCCAUGACUAAUUAGCUGCCCCGCGUGCUUGUCCCCCGCCCCGCCGCCCCAGGUGAGCCGCCACCCACGCCCCGCCCCGCCAGGUGCUGCCGCUGCCGCCCCGCCGCCGCUCACGCUCUCAAAGCUGUUUCGGCGUUUGUGUAUUUGAAUGUAAAUCGCUGUUUUUAAUCGUUUCUGCACAUUUAUUAUUGUAUGAACUUUAAAUUUCUGUACACACUGUCCGCACGCCGGCGGCCGGGAGCAUCACGCGCACCAAGGCUUCGCCAGACCAUCUAUUUUUGCAGGUUUAGUCGACGCUGGACGCGUCGGCCGCCGGCCCCGCGGCUCGGUGCUGCCGCCGCGAGUCGCCUGUACAAAGGUAUUUUUAGUCAGUUUGUAUAGAAUAAUUGAGAGUUUUAUAAAUAAAAACUUAAAUUGC